UAUCUCGUGAGGAGAGAGAUGGAAGCGAUAUCCAUUGAAUCUGAUCCUCAUCUUUAUUUUCAAGUGGGAAAGAUAAAAAUCAGUGAGGGAAUGAAGUGUUUGCUAGAUUUAGUAGAAUGGUACAAGGACAACUUUACCCCAGAAAGUGAUGGAAGGGUUAAUGAAAUCAUGGCCUAUCUUAAAUCCCUUCAACAACAAGUAGUACAGGAGAUUGAAUCUUUAGCACAACAAGGAGAAGUACUUGUAUCUUCCAAUGUCAAUGGAACAGAUUUGCAACGUGGACAGGAAAUCACUCAAAUAAGAGAACAAAAUGUCAAUUUUGGACCUACUCUAAAUCAAGAGAUUGAAAUGGUGAUGAAUCAAAAUAUAGAGAACACAUCAAAUGCUAAAAGAAGAAAGUUGAAAUCAAAGGUUUGGGAGGACUUCACAAAGUAUGAAGGAAUAGAUAAGAAGGAAUGGGCUAAAUGUAAACACUGUAAGAAAGACUUUGUAGGUUCAAGUAAGAGUGGAACCACACAUCUCAAGAAUCAUUUAAAAAGUUGCUCAAGUUCAAAGAAUCCAGGUAGAGGUGUAGAAAAACCAAAAGAGAAAAGUGUGAUAGAUCUAAAACUGAAUGGUUAUGAUUUGGUGCUAAAAAUUAUUAAGUAUGGGCUAAACAGCAUAAAGAAUUAUAUACUUGAUGUUUACAAACAAGAGAAGGAUAUGCUUUAUAGAUAUUUACGUAAACUCCCAUCUCGUUUUAAUGUAACAAUUGAGAACAAGUCAUGCUUAUGGUUUCUGACAAGCUGGUUUAUCGAUGAUAGUUGGGAAUUGAAAAAGAUGAUUAGUUUAUUGGGAAGAUACAGAGAUGAAGAUGAAGUUGUCUAUGAAAUUGUGAAGUCUUGGCUUGUGGAUUGGAAAAUAGACAAGAAAUUAUGCUCUAUGGUAAGAGUUGGAUAUUUUGAUGUAUUUGAACGUGAGGAAGUUAUUAAGAAUAUUAACAACUUGGUCAAUGAACGAGGUUCACUUCCUUUCAUUGGGUAUUUUUGGCCAAUUUCUCUUUUGUUACAUGAAUUUGAAUGUGUUAUCAAUUUUCAUCAGUUGACAAGAGUUUCGCGAAAUAAUAUUUCAACUAAAGCGUUGAAGCUUUUUUACUAUGCCAGCAUGUCAUCAAAUGUAAAUAAGUUUCAAUAUACUGUAAAAGAAGCUUUGUCCAUGGGCAAAAUAGUAACUUCCAACAGUGUUACUUCAUAUUCGCGGUUCGACGUUGAUAUGCUUGAGUGGGUAAUGGGAUGUAAAGAAGCAUUUUGUGAACUGGAGCAUAUAGAUCCUGAUUUGAAGUCUAUAAAUUUUAUGAAAGAUGAUUGGGAUGAAGCAACUUUACUGUACAACAGUUGGAAAGUAUUAGAAGAUUUGAGAAAGGAAGCUCGUAACUUGUUGGAUCCUAAACAUAAAACCGCAAAUGUGUGUUUCCCAAUGUUUUGUGACAUAUAUUUGAAAUUGGUUCAGUUGGGAAAAAGUGAAAAUCAUUACUAUUGCCACGUUGCAUCACGUUUUGGAAAAUAUUUUGAUCAAUAUUGGGACAAGUCUAACUUGAUUUUAGUAAUUACAGUAAUUUUGGAUCCACGAUUCAAAACAGAUAUUGUAAAACAGUUUUACAAAGAGAUAUAUGGUAACGAUGUAGAUGCAUACUUUAAGAAAAUCAUGGAUGAUGUUACAAAUAUUUACAAUAAAUAUGCAGAGGGCACUAACAAUUCUAAAUCAUCAUCUCAUUCGGGCCAUGGUGCUAGUAAUUCUUCAAUUACUCUAUCACAAAAGCUACACAUCAUAAGGACAUCAUCUGCCUUUUCUCAACAUGUCAAUGAUACUGCUACACCAGAAUCAGAACUCGACUGCUAUUUGAGAGAUUCUAAGUGUCCUUCAAGUGAAGGGUUUGAUAUACUAGAAUGGUGGCGUGUCAAUUCUCCAACUUAUCCAAUAUUAGCUAAAAUUACACGUGAUUUCUUAUCAUUACCUAUUUAUACUCCUCUGUCUGGUUUAUAUUUUUCAUUGUUACAUGAAAUUAUGGAUAUUUAUCGUUGUAGUAAUCUUGAUGAUGACCUCAAAUGGCCUUUGGCAUGUACAAAAGUUUGGUUGAAUAGCAGUGUAAUUAAAUAA